UGUUCGAAAAAUGACACGCAAUAGCGACGAGCCAAUAAAAAACGACGCGCAAAAACAAGAGUUUUGUAAAUCGAGUGCAAAACAUUCAUCUACUUUCCUGUAACUUGAUUCUUGUACUGACUGUGUCCAGAUGGUUUUGUGUUAGUGAUAGUGCAAGACUAGUUUGGAAUCUGAUUGUUUUGGUGUCGUUCCAAGGCAUGACCACGGCGUGACUUCCAUGCCCUGUGUACCUACGGAAGGGCGUGCAGAUUACGUUUACUAUGAAUGGUUUUAUCUCUUUCUAAACUCGAGUAUCUGUGAAUGACCGAGUGUAACAGCGAGCGUACCAAAUUAUGGAUUGAAAAGUGUUUGUUGUUUGUAUUUUGAUAUUUGCACCGCAUUGCUGCGGAGUAAUCGCCGUUAUCUCGAUUGAAGAUCGUAGUGGUUGAAAAUAAGCAGUCAUAUGGCGCCAGGACUAUCUCGAAUACGGAUUAGUUACGCCGUUCGAUUUGUCGAGCGCUUUACUAUUUACGCACUAUUGAAAAGAGAUAGUACGUAUUUUUAGUCGCGUCAACCGAGACUAGUGACUUUCAUAACACUUCGUAAACAACUUGAAGGUUAUUUGUGUCUGAUGCGGAGGCGCUGACAUGGCUGCGGUUUCUGAGGCUGGCGCCAUCGUGCGUCAGGGCCACCUACGAAAAUUAAAGACGAUGAAAAAGAAAUUUUUCGUUCUGCGCGCGGAAACCUCUGACUGUUCUGCUAGGCUAGAGUAUUACGAGAGUGAGAAGAAGUUUAGAUCAGGCGCGGCCCCGCGCCGCGUGCUGUCCCUAAAGAGCUGCUACAACAUAACUAGAAGGUUGGACUUGAAGCAGAAGCAUGUGAUUGCUCUUUUCACUCGAGAGGAACAGCUGUGUAUAGUAGCAGAGAAUGAGCAAGACUUGCAUGCAUGGUUGGCUGCUAUACUCAAAUUAUUCCGCAAUGAUGAUGCAAGUGCUGAACUUCUACAUCCCAUACAACACGUAUGGCAAGUGAACGUCCAGAAGAAAGGUCUGGGCGCGUCCAAGAGCAUCCAAGGUUUAUAUAACCUGUGUCUCACAGACAAGACUUUAACCCUAGUUAAGAUCAAAAGCCACAACAACAUCAUCAGCGACCUGGUUAUACCGGAACGUGUGGAGUACUCUCUGAAGAAUAUUAGACGGUGCGGUGAUUCGGAAUGUUUCUUCUACAUGGAAGUGGGGCGGCAGACGUCGACAGGUGCGGGAGAGUUGUGGAUGCAUUCUGAUGACUCUAACAUCGCGCAGAGCAUGCAUUCAACUAUAUAUCAUGCGAUGAUGAACUGCGCGAAAGAGUCGGAGAAUGAAAAGGAUCAUAUAGUGAUACCGGGGAAAAGUUCUUUGCUCGAGAGUUCGAACCCACUACCCGCACGAAGGCAAACCUACUCAGAUGGCAGAGGACGCGCUGGACUUUAUAACGAGAAAGGCCUCUGCGUGGGCGCGUGCAUACGGCAGUGCGUCUGCGCCUCCGCCACCUACUCCAUUGAUGAUUCCGCCGCUGCCGUCCCCACUAACGCAGAAAACCAACCGCCGAAUAACACACUAACGCCCGAACAGCAGGACCGCCCCGCGCGGCAUAUUAAACACCACCGUACAGUGUCCCUCCCAGCCGGCUGUUCAGUCUUCCAGGAGCCUUUGAAGAUCGCCCACGGCAGAACUAGAUCCGAGCCUCUCACAGGGGACGAAGUAGAUCGAGCUAUCUUAGAGAAAACAGUGAUGCACUCCUCCUGCAAAACCGUCAAUGGAACGGAUUCUAUGAAGAAGAAUCCCUGGUGCAGACGUGCCAGUACCGGCACACGGUUUUCCAAACUGUCGCCGGCGCAUACCAAGAAUGUAACGGCACUUCGUAAUCGUUGUGAGACGAUGCCUUCUAGGGCUUAUUCCUCGUUCGAGUCGGACCGUCCACAAAUAACGAGGCACACUGAUGUCGUUGACGGUCUGACUUCAUCACGCGACGACAUAGAUUCUAUAUCAGAGUGGUAUCGCACUCCGCGAAUACCUGAAGAGCCGGACUGCUGCGAAUAUAUGUUGCCUCGGGAUUUUAUGAGUAUGCGCACGGGGUCCAUUGCACACUCUCGGACAUCGUCAAUGGGGGUGGACGACGGGGGUGAUAGAGACGUGGGGGACGUACCUGACGGCUACUUGCCCAUGGGUCCGCCGCACGUGUCCUCCUCUGCCUCCGUCUGUAGCGGGACGCCUUCUACGGAUCCACGGUUUAGCGAAUACCAACUGGAACCGGCGACGUCCCACAUAUCCGAGGAGCGGUCGACGCGCGCGUACAGCGUCGGAAGUCGGCCCGUGCGCACGGAGCGCGUCGAGCCCGCUUCGAGGCUACGAGCGUACAGUGCGGGCGCGAGGCGACGCCCAGCGCACGCCAGGCCCACGGAUGACCUCAUGGAGAUUGACUUCUCCGCGAAUUCACCACAGUCUAAGCCAACUAUCGCCCGAACGCCGCCGACCCACUCGGACAUACCCAAAUCGAAACCCGUCGACGAAUACGUCGACAUGUCCCCCCGCAACGCCGGCUAUGUAGAGAUGAAGCCCGGCGAGCCGAUCGCUCCCAUCCCCCCUAUCAACCCCGUGUCCUCCCCGAUGAACCCCCUGACCCCCCCGGACGGGUACGUGGAGAUGAGCUAUCGCUCUCGGACUCGCCCCAUAGCUAUAACGAAUCGGCCGUCCUAUUCCUCCCCCGAUUCGGAGAAAGCCCUCCACGGAUCGCAGACCAUUUUCCCCUUUUCCCCCGAUUCCCCCCCGGAAAUCGAGCACGCGUUGAGCACCGUGAGGGAGAUUUCGGAGGAGGGAAGAGACGGAAGAGAAGGAAGAGUCGAAGUCUCCUCUUCGCCUCAGUACGUGACGUUGGCGAGGCCCGAUUGCCUCAACAAUAAUAAGACUGCCAAGAUCGAUGAUAACAGAGAGGGUGGGCGCCUUCACUAUGCGGCUCUGGAUCUGGAGGCGCGCACUCCCCCUGCCCCUCCCCCUCACCGCCUCUACACGCAGAUCGACUUCGCCCGCAGCGAGACAUACGCCGCCGACGCGCUCUAGCCAGAUGUGUGCACUUUGAAGUCGGCGAUCAGCCCACCGGACGCCUCCGCACGAGAACACGUACACGCGUACGUACGUAUACGCAACAAACGGGAUUAUCAAAUUUUGAUAGGAAAUUUAAAAUCACGUUGAAGUUCUACGUCCGUAUUCCGAGCGUCGACUUUUGUAAAGACUAAAUUGUGAGACACGUGCCGGAAUACGGGCCCCUAAGGGAGAUCCUAUCAAUGAUCGAGAACGCGGCUUGAGCGACGUCGUACAAAAUCUGGUUAAAUCUAAUGUUAUGCUUUUGUUAUUUUUCUGUUGAUUUUUGAUUUGAAAUAUUAAGUUUAGAACGAAAUUAUGUAAGACUCGGGUCGCUCGCUUCCGUUUUAAAACGAUACGUUAAAUCUUUCCCGGCGAGCCCCGUCCGGGCCGUCGAAGAGAUUGUACACUCGCGUCGUCGACGAAGACCGGCCGGUCGACGCGCCCGUCUCGCUCUUCGUCGCCGGACGAGUUCGCGCUUUGCGUCUGUUGAAUAUUUGUAAAAAGUUUAUGUAAUUUAGAUUUUCACACAUAGCUUUCGUACGUAGGAUACGUAUUUGUAUAUAACGAUUUUAUAUCAAAAAUAUUAAUCGAGCCUCUUAGCCAAUGACGCGCUUCCAUAUAGGAUUUUUAUUAAAGUGUUAAAAAAAGAAAUAUUUUUCGUAAUGCCUAGUGAAAAUACUCAUCAAUAUUUUUGAUAUAAAAUUUUCUCAUGUUGUCCCGUGGUACAAUGAUCGAGCGGAUACCUUUUGGGAGUCGUUGCUAUAAUUGAAUGAAAUAUAUAUAUAAAUACAAAGUGAACUCGACACGCGAUAAGACAAUAAACGAUUUUACGUUUAACAUUCGCAAAAAUUUGUUUCCUGCGCGUGUCGCGAACACGUAAGCCACGGUUGUGAGUGAGGCCUAAUUAUUCGACGGUUACGCACCGACGUACCUGUCGUUCGUAGUUACAGCUCCGACCGCGAAAUCGACGGCGACAGACGGUCGCGUAUACGUGCGCGUACGUACAGGCCAUACCUAUAUAUCGCGUUGUAUAUUGUAAACAAUAUUUUAAAAAGUUGACACAGCUCUUAUUUUCGUACGAUUUGUAAUAAACAGUUAGAGAAUGAGAAAAAUAGCAGAAUUGAGGCCGCGGCGCGACCGACUGUCCCGUCCCCGGUCCGUUUGUUAUACUGUUUAUGACGAGAGUCCCGUUGGCUUCCCGUUUGAUUUAUUAUGACCACUGCUCGACGACUCUCGGCGUAGACAGGAACCUGAGCCUGCCCGUCGUCCCCUUCGUUACCUCGGAGAUACCACCCGUGUUUAGUUCCUCGGCGUGUGACGCGGUAUUUAUUACGGACACGUAUACCUUCAGUCUCGCCGCUGUGGCCGGACUUUCUGUAACUAAUUAUGAACAAUUUCAUUUUAAUUGCGACGAAAAAUUUCCCCAAUUUGAAAUCGCCCAUUGUGAAUUCACCAAAUGUUGCCAAACGAAGGGAGUAUUUGUUGGCCUUCGGUUGAUUUGCCAGUUUCGAGUAUUGGCAACAUCUCUCACGAUGACUCUUAAUUGGCGUUUCUCUCUUUUCUCUCGUAAAGUUCGGGCUCAGGCUUCGCGAUGUGUUCAAGAAAUUUGUUUUCAUAUUGACAGUUUACAGGUAGGUGUUAUUGUCUCCGGUUACGUGUUAAACUUGUUAUUGCGUGUUUCGUUGGUAAUGGGUGUCAGAUGUGACGUAUUUACUUGAUUUCUGUCAAAUUAUAUAAUUGUCGAACGUUUGGUUAAGUGGAAAUGGAGUUAGUGAAACGGUUCGACAGCCCUCGUUUGUAUAUUUUCAACCCGUUGACGUCCACUGCUGAAGCAGUGCGGCAUUUGGCCCGCCAUUAUUUGAAUGACAUAUCAAUAAUGUCAUUCUAUAAAAUACUUAACAAUUCUACAAAAGUCAUAAAUUUGGCACAAAGUUUUUGAGAUGGUCAGCGUGAAAAUUUACUUGUCAAUUGCAUAUCUCUGGUUAGAUUGUAGAUAAGGUAUAUUUUUGCAAAAAAAAUGCGUUAAAACGCCCUUGUAUCGUGAAUUUAAGCGUAAUACGAAAAGUUUAUUAGCUUCGUAUGGUUUAAAUCAGUGGACCCAACAAAAAGUUUCUGCAACUCCAUUAAAUUUACAUCUAAACACCAAAGUCAGUUUAGAAAAGUGUUUCUCAUCAUUCUUGGGCCAUGCUCCCCAAUCCCCACCAAUGUAUAACAUGCAUAAUUUGUAGUAAUAAAAAUUUAAUUGUUUAGUUAAGAAACUGAAUAAAAAUAAAUCACUAGGAAAUUGGUUACGAAAAACACGGCAAAUAAAUUUUUUUUUUGAAUUUAAAAUUCAAACUAAUUCUAAUAAAUAAAUAGCUUAAUAAUCAAAUUGGCCCCCUGUGGGGAGUGGGUCCCACGAUGGGAAACAUUGGUUUAGAACGUUGACCACGAUUAGAACUGGCCAUAAUAAUUCCAGAAUAAAAACUCAGCCAUCGUUAUCCAUUUGUCAGCAUAUGCGGCACAUCGGCCGCUUCAGUAACUUUUAGCUGACCCGUAGUCUGUUCCAGCUAUGAUUAGCUCAAUUAUACAUAGUCUGUCCGUUGUUGGGUACAAUUACGAAAGUUUAGCGGUUCUUGGUACUACAUGUAUGUACCACUGAUACGUUUUGUUCUUUAUAUAUGAACUGUUAACUAAGUAAAUUUAAGCAGCUCUUGAUUUUCUAUUUGAAAAAUUAUGACGAAGAUCUGCAAUUUGAAAAAUGCCAGAAUUUGUUCAAUACUUUAAUGUUCCUCUUGAUAUGUCUACAGUAUCAUUUGACACAAAUAAUAGAGCUGUUUAUUUUAUACGUAAUUGGUACAUUUCAAAUCGUUUCACUCGGAAUGAAUUAGUCUGGAAACGUUCCACGAGCAGUGUAUAAAUCGACGACCUGUUCGUUGACGUCCACUAAAUAGAAUUUUAAUAUUAAGAAAACUUUAUAUUACAAUAGUAUAAUCAUGCUUUGUUGGAUUUUGAUUAGACCUCUGAGUCAGUCGGUCAUUAAAGGCUCUCAUACUUGAUGGAAAUUGAAGAUUGAUUUGAGGAAUUUCAAUUCCCAAAUUCAACUCGGGUAAUCGUUAACCUUUAGUUAAUGGAUUUUUGUGUAACGAAAAUAUCGAAGCUUUUUUCGUUGGAAGUUGUCUUUUUGCUCUCUCGUCCCGUUAAUGUUGGGUUCUUCUAAUUUUUUUUUUCUCUUCUAAUAAAUCUAUUCUCUGCGUCAUUAGCUUUUGACGCUACAAGAUCCCCACAAAUCCGUAUGACCCACUUACGUGCAGUUUCAAGGUGUUGAGGUGCGACCGGCGCACCAGCAGCGGUGUCUAGCUCCAACAACUCGUCCUUUAGCUUCAGACAAUUUUGUCUGCUUACUCCAAGCACAAGCGAUAGAUUUAUCAGUUAAAUAAUCUCUCAGCCUUACCAUACAAACUCGUUACGAGCCGGUCGUCGAUGCAGUAAAUGUCGUAUGAAAUAUUCACGGUUGACAUUCCGACCGAAGCAAUUUGACUAGUCACAUGUGUUCAAUAAUCUUCCACUACCAAUCCUGAUAACUAAAUGUUGUGUUACAAUGAUUAUCGUUUAAUAGAUAUUCUACUACAGUAAUCAUGAAAAUUUCUAUUGAUAAGUACGAGAUUGGCCCUAAGAGCUGUAGGUUUUUGUCAAUUUACAAACUAACACAUCCCACCAUAUAUUUAUACUGUAAAUAUCCUACCACGACAAAAUCGAUGGCUCUUACCGGACUUCGCUCGAUAUGACGUAAUGGGAUCUGUAUGUGCCUGACUGCGUUGACACCAAAUUUUAUAUAUAAUGUUAUUGUCCGCAAUUUGGACCGCUUCUGGUCGAUAAAUUAGCUUUAAAUUACCCCUUGCUUUCACGGCUGCAAAGGUUCGAUUCAUCUUCGAUACCGACCGUGCCCGAGGGUCUGUAUAAAGUUGGAGUAAAAUUUCGUGAUAUUCGAUAUCCCAGAAAAUUGCGUCGCCGGCUCUUGGCGAAUGUUUUAAGCGGUAAUUAGUACAAUUGGGCACAGCCGUUGUUUUUAUACAUGCAUAUAGCGUCGGUGUCUGCGACUUCAACCAGUGUGAGUAAGAUUUGUUCAAUAACGAGUGGAUAAGACUUAAUUUAAUUUAUUAUUUAAUUUAGGCUUAACGUUCGCACUGACGAGUCGCGAGGCGUCGGAGUCCGUUCAGCCCGUGCGCAGAUAGCUAGCCACCUCGCAAUUAUGUAGUUACUUUUAGGUAUAUAUUACAUUUACGAGUAGCGUAUUUACUUUAUUCCACUUAGCUGUAAGGCGCGUCGAGUCGUCGAGUCGGCCCUAGCGUCGAGCGCACCCGUACCGAAUGGCGUAAACGAACCUCCUUUUAUAAUGCAAGUUGUUAUGUUCAUAUUUUACAAAGUGUUAUAUAGAGAAAAUAUUUAUUCAUAAGCACAAAUACGUUUUACGCUAAGUGUCACAAAAGCAGAUGGAAGUAUAUUUAGAAAAAAGUUGCGUAUUAUAAAAGGAGCGUUGGCGGUACACGUAUUAUACGACAUCGAAAGCUGGUGUGAAUGCGGCCUUAUUGUCGUAUGUUGUACGAGAAGAAGCUCCACGAGAGACGUCAUGACAAAUGGAGUUUUAUUCUAUACUAGUCCCAUUGCAAGUUUAAUAGGAUUUUGCAUAAAGAUGUUCCUGUAAAGUUUUUUUUUUUUAAUAUUAUUGAGUAAGUGUGCAUAGUGAACGUGUAGUUGCGACGGGAGUGCCGAGCGGGGUGGUUCUGCAGAGGUGCUACUCGUGUUAGUGACGUCAGCUUGCGGCCGAGCCGUAUCACAACGCCCUAGAUCUAGACUAACAUCACUACACUUACGUAUUUUAGCUUUUGUAACCGAGUGCGGCUCUCGCUGAAAUGUUUCUAUCACAUUAAAAGUUUUCUCUCGCAUUUUCGUGGGCUCGCCCGAUGUUAUGUUUUAUAAAUAUCUAAAUCUAAUUUUUCGUACGUUGCGUUUUGUUUACUUUCAUAUUACGAUUAUAUUGUAAAUAAAUAAAAGCUUUGGAUUUGA